UGGUGCACAUAUAGAGGGGCGAGAGGGCGCGGCUUGUCCAGACACUCUUUGUCCUGACAACGACGAUGACGGCGACGACCACGACGGCCACGAUGUCGCCGAAGUUCCUGCUCCUUCUUGGAUCCCUCUUUCUGUUCGCCGGAAUCCAGGUCAGAGCACAAGACGAGGAAGGGGCUGAUGGAAUUGACGCAAAUGCCGAGGAAUUAUGCCAAGAUAGGCCAGGAGACGAGUAUUUCCGGUUGAACGUUGAGGGAGACUGCCGGGACGUCGUAAGAUGCGACAAAGCGAGCGAGAUCGGGGUGACCAGGUUGGCGACCGUACGAUGUCCAACAGGUCUGGCAUUCGAUAUCGAGCGUCAAACGUGCGACUGGAAGACAAACGUGAAGAACUGCGACCAGCUGGAGAAGCCACGUAAGGUGUUGCCCAUCUUGAGGACUGACGAACCAGUCUGCCCCGAGGGGAAACUGUCGUGCGGUAACGGCGAGUGCGUGGACAAGGAGCUCUUCUGCAACGGUAAACCCGACUGCAAGGACGAAUCCGACGAGAACGCGUGCACCGUGGAAACCGAUCCAAACCGCGCGCCAGAUUGCGAUCCGACCCAAUGCGUGCUUCCCGAUUGCUACUGUUCCGCCGAUGGUACCAGAAUUCCCGGAAACAUCGAGCCAACCCAGGUCCCCCAAAUGAUCACCAUCACUUUCAACGGAGCCGUGAACGUGGACAACAUAGACUUGUACGAGGAAAUCUUCAACGGGCAACGCCAGAAUCCUAACGGCUGCCAGAUCAGAGGAACGUUCUUCGUUUCCCACAAAUACACCAAUUACUCUGCCGUCCAAGAUCUUCACCGCCGUGGCCACGAGAUCGCAGUGUUCUCUUUGACCCACAAAGACGACCCGCAAUAUUGGACCCAGGGAACGUACGACGACUGGCUGGCGGAGAUGGCUGGAGCCAGACUCAUUAUCGAACGCUUCGCAAACAUCACUGAUGGUUCCAUUAUCGGGAUGAGGGCUCCGUAUCUCCGCGUCGGUGGUAACAAGCAGUUCGAGAUGAUGGCUGACCAAUUCUUCGUCUAUGACGCCUCCAUUACCGCCUCAUUAGGUCGUGUGCCUAUCUGGCCGUACACGUUGUACUUCAGGAUGCCGCACAAGUGCAACGGAAACGGCGGGAACUGUCCGUCGAGAUCGCAUCCUGUCUGGGAGAUGGUGAUGAACGAAUUGGACAGAAGAGACGACCCCACUUUCGACGAGUCUCUACCUGGCUGUCACAUGGUGGACUCCUGCUCGAACAUUCAGACUGGCGAGCAGUUCGCUAGGCUCCUCAGGCACAAUUUCAACAGGCACUUCAGCAGCAACAGAGCGCCACUUGGCCUUCACUUCCACGCCUCGUGGUUGAAGAGUAAGAAGGAGUACAGAGAGGAAUUGAUCAAAUUCAUCGAGGAGAUGCUGGCCAGGAGCGACGUGUAUUUCGUUACCAUGGUUCAGGUGAUAAAGUGGAUGCAAACUCCGACGGAACUCUCAGCGCUGAGAGACUUCCAAGAUUGGAAAGAAACCUGCGACGAGAAAGGACAACCUUACUGUUCACUUCCAAAUGCCUGUCCCUUGACUACUAGAGAACUUCCCGGGGAAACCCUUCGCUUGUUCACCUGCAUGGAAUGCCCGAACUAUUAUCCAUGGCUGCUCGACCCAACUGGUGACGGUUUCACCGCGAACAAAUGAGCAAUUCAUGGUUGAGAUCUAUAGGUCAUGUGACGCGUGUUUUUAAGGGUCUGAACAUCAAGAGUCUAAAGUAAAACAAACAUCAAGUUCUCUUGAGGAAACACGUGCCGAAUCGUCGCACGAGAAACGCGUCGCGAACGGAAAUGAAGGAACUCCUGAGGGAUCGUUGAUUCGAUUAAUUUCAAUUUUAAAGCAAGAAACAAGUGAUUUUCUAAAAAUACUUCGCGAGUCAAAACGUUUCAUUCUCUUUAUUGUGCCAUUCUUGAAAUGGAAUUUUAUAUGCGGGAUCAAUGGUCAAUUUACCACUUUUGUCGUAAGAUUCUUGAGUUGUACCCGUGUUAUUACUGCAAGUUGUCGACAGUUUGAGCUCUCCUAGUAGACGUUCGCGAAACGUUUCUGUCGUCGUUUUUAUACAAAAGAAAAGAAAAAAGAAUACGAAGGGGUUGUUCCUCCUGUGAGAAAGGAGAACAAAUUCUUCGGUUGAGUUUAUUCAACUUUGUACAUAAACACCGUAUCCUUGCCCUUCUGAUCCUCGUCCCUUUCUUCCGCGGCGCGUUUUACGCAUUGAUUUUAUCGAUCGUCGCAGCGCCGCCGUGGAUAACAUUAUUGCUUAAGAGAUGCGUGAGAGUUUAAGUAAUUCUUAGAGUCCUUAAUUAAAGUAUUUCACAAUAAACGUUGUACGAAACUGAGAA